GAGGAAGUGGUCUGCUGAUGAUGGCAGCUCCUUGCUAUUAAGCUGUCAUUUAAUAUCUCUGGUAUCGUUGUGAUACGGCCCGGACAUGAUCCCGUUUACCGUACAUAUCACGCUGUCCACCCGGACCCUGACAGGGGCGCUGACCCAGACCAACAAGGGGGCGCUGGACUGGGGCUGCCAAGGUUUAAUUGCUUAUGGAUGUCACUCACUGAUCCUUGUGGUAGACCCCAGCACCGCACAGACUCUUCAGGUUUUAGAGAAACACAAAGCCAACAUUGUCAAGGUGAAAUGGGCAAGAGAAAACUAUCACCACAACCAGGGCUCACCUUAUUCUCUGCGAUUGGCAUCAGCGGAUGCCAGUGGAAAAAUUAUUGUGUGGGAUGUUGCAUCUGGCACAACACGAUGUGAAAUACAGGAGCAUUCAAAGCCCAUCCAUGACAUGCAGUGGCUGUGGAGCCAAGAUGCCUCUCGUGAUCUGUUGCUGGCUGUGCACCCCCCUAAUCUCAUUGUACUGUGGAAUGCAGACACUGGAACAAAACUCUGGAAAAAGAGCUAUGCAGAAAAUAUCCUAUCUUUCUCCUUCAACCCUUUCCAGCCUUCUCAGCUUGCUUUACUGACUAGCGAGGGCAUCGUGUUUGUGUCCGACUUCUCUCCAUCUAAGCCUCCAGCCAGCAGUGGAAGGAAAGUUUAUAUAUCCAGCCCUCACUCCAGUCCUGCUCACGCAAAGCCAGUGACGACUACUGGUGCCAAGAAAGCCCUCAAUAAAGUGAAGAUUCUCAUUACUAAUGAGAAGCCAAGUGCUGAGACUGUGACUCUGAAUGACUGCUUGCAGUUGUCCUACUUACCAUCCAGACGUAACCACAUGCUGCUGCUUUAUCCCAGAGAAAUCCUCAUCUUGGAUCUGGAGGUGAAUCAGACUGUUGGAGUUGUUGCUAUUGAGAGGACAGGUGUUCCUUUCCUGCAGGUGACCCCAUGCUUUCAGAGGGAUGUCCUAUUUUGUCUACAUGAAAAUGGCUGCAUUACACUCCGAGUAGGGAGGCAGAGCUGUGGAAGCUCAGGAGCAGCAAGUGAGGAAGCAGAGGCUGAUCCAGUGCCAGAAAUGACUUACGACCUGAAAUCCCAGUGUGACGCUAUCCGAGUAACCAAGACCGUGCGUCCGUAUACCAUUGCAUGCAGCCCAAUAAACGAGAAUACGGUUGCUCUGAUCAUUAGCGAUGGACGGGUCAUGAUAUGGGAGCUAAAGUCUAGUGUGCAAGGGAAAAAGAUUCGGAAUGCCAGUUCCAAUGCUUGUGCUUUAUAUUCACCUUCAUCAUUCUGUGGGAGACCAGUGGGACCUCUACAAAAAAAAUAUCCUGAUCUCUCUUUGGACAGUGUGAUCGCUGGUCAGAGCAUGCUGUCUGGUGAUUCUGCUCCAUCUGGGAGUCUACUUCAAGAAGUUCACCUUAAGUUCUUGCUGACAGGGCUUCUGUCUGGACUUCCCCAGCCCCCGUUUGUGGUGAGAAUGUGUCCUCCCCUCACUACCAAGAAUAUUACACAGUACAAGCCCCUUCUUGCUGUAGGCACCAGCAAUGGCUCUGUUUUUGUGUAUAAUCUGACCAGUGGGUUGCUGCACAAAGAGUUAAAUAUACAUUCCUGCGAAGUCAGGGGCAUUGAAUGGACCAGCCUUACAAACUUCUUGUCUUUCGCCACCUCAACCCCAAACAAUGUGGGCUUAGUGAGAAAUGAGCUACAGUUGGUAGAUCUGCUUACAGGCAGAAGUAUGGCAUUUAGAGGUGAGCGAGGCAAUGAUGAACAGCCCAUGGAAAUGAUCAAAGUGUCUCAUUUAAAGCAAUAUCUUGUUCUGGUGUUUAAGGACAAGCCUAUGGAAUUAUGGGAUAUCAGGACUUGUACACUUCUGCGUGAAAUGUCAAAGAUCUUCCCUACAGUAACCGCUUUGGAAUGGUCCCCAUCUCAUAAUCUGAAGAGCCUCCGCAAGAAGCAGGUGGCAGCUCGCGAGGCAAUGGCACGUCAGACAGGGUCCUCAGACAGCGAUCCAAACAGCGUCGAGUCUUCAGUCAUCAGUCUGUUACAGGAGGCGGAAUGCAAGUCGGAGCUGAGCCAGAAUAUCUCUGCGCGGGAGCACUUUGUGUUCACAGACACAGAUGGGCAGGUUUAUCACCUUACUGUGGAAGGAAACAGUGUGAAAGACAGCGCCAGGAUCCCCCCGGAUGGCAGCAUGGGGAGCAUUUCAUGCAUUGCCUGGAAGGGAGACAUCUUGGUUUUGGGCGAUGUUGAUGGGAACCUAAACUUCUGGGACCUGAAAGCCCGUAUAUCCAGGGGAGUACCUACACACAGGAACUGUGUGCGGAAAAUCCGAUUUGCUCCAGGAAAAGGAAACCAGAAGCUAAUUGUGCUUUAUAAUGAUGGAGCCGAGGUUUGGGAUACCAAGGAGAUUCAGAUGGUGAGCAGCCUUCGUACUGGGAGGAACGUGAAUUAUCGAGUCUUAGAUGUAGACUGGUGCUCAUCAGACAAAGUCAUCCUGGCCUGUGAUGACGGCUGCAUCCGUGUACUGGAGAUGUCCAUGAAGUCUCCUAGCUUCAGAAUGGAUGAACAGGAGCUGAUAGAUCCCGUGUGGUGCCCAUACAUGCUGCUUCCAAGAGCCUCUCUGGUGUUAAAAGCUUUCCUGCUUCACCUGCCUUGGGGGGAGAAACACUCCUUAGACAUUACAGAUGUGGUCUAUCCAGAACAUGAAGAUGUGACGAACCUGAUCCAGCAGCAGAUAAACUCUCUGACCAAUGAUGUGAAGGACCUUCUUCUAGACCCAGAUUUCAGGCUCACACAGAGGUGUCUAUUGGUGGCAAGGUUAUAUGGGGAUGAAGCUGAGCUUCAUUUUUGGACGGUGGCUUCUCACUACCUGCAGGUUUACCAAAGUAAUUCUGAUAAUCCCAAAAUCCCAGCAGAACCCCUGGACAUCUGUUAUGACCUACUGUGUGAGAAUGCUUACUUCCAGAGAUUCCAGUUGGACAGAAUUUGUCUUCAGGAGGUGAAACGCUCCAGCUAUGAACACACCAGGAAAUGUGCAGACCAACUAUUGCUACUAGGACAGACGGAUCGAGCUGUACAGCUGCUGCUAGAGACCAGUGCCGACAACCCACAGUAUUACUGUGAUUCACUAAAGGCCUGUUUGGUGACCACAGUCACUUCCUCUGGACCCUCUCAAAGCACCAUCAAACUUGUGGCGACCAAUAUGAUAGCCAAUGGAAAACUGGCAGAGGGAGUGCAGCUACUGUGCCUAAUAGACAAGGCUGCGGAUGCCUGCCGUUACCUGCAGACAUACAAUGAGUGGAACCAUGCAGCAUGGCUUGCCAAGGUGCGACUGAACCCAGAAGAAUGUGCUGAGGUCAUGAAACGAUGGGUGGACCAUCUCUGUUCUCCACAUAUCAACCAGAAAUGUAAAGCAAUCCUUGUUCUCCUUUCUCUUGGCUGCUUUAGAAAAGUAAUAGAAAUGUUACACAGCAUGAGGUGUUUUGAUCGUGCCGCCUUGUUUCUGGAAGCCUGCCUGCGAUGCUCAGCAUUUGAAAUUACUGACGAGUCUAAUAAACUGAUCUCUGCCGUGUUUGCAGAUUACGCACGUAGCCUGCGAUCUCUAGGAUUUACACAGGGAGCAUUGCGAUUUGCCAAGAAAGCAGGAGAUGCCGGCACAGAGUUACUGUCUGAGCUUCAAAGCCACAAGGAAGAGAAGUGA